UUUGCGAAAGUGAAGAGAAACCCAACUUAGCUGCCAGCCAUAUCACCAUCAUGAACACCAAAUUGGUGCCCAACCAGUGAGAAUAAAGAGGCACAGAGGCUGCUGCUUAUUAGCUUCAUUAAACCAACAAAUUCCAUCACACACAAUUAUACCCUCAUUAUUCUCAUCUCUGAUCUUCAUUAAAUCUUUGUCCUUCCACCAAAACUUCUUCAACUCUGAUCUGCCAUUUCCCUAUCUACCCAGAUAGACUUCAUACACAGAUCGAGAAAGCUAAGCAUAUAUAGUGGCAGUUAGUUUCUCUCUUGAUCUAACUGCCACCCCUUAUUAGCUGCUGCCAUGGAGGAAAAUACUAAGCCAGACUAUAAUUCCAUCAGUGGAUGGAAAGUAAAAGGGAAAGGUGGUUUUAGAGCUUCUUGUUUCAUAUAUGGUUUUGGGGCAAUGGACAACAUGGGGUUUGUAGCAAACAUGGUUAGCAUGGUGCUGUACUUCAUGCUGAAGAUGCAUUUUGACCUCUCUGGCUCAGCCAACACACUCACAAACUUCAUGGGCUCAAGUUUCUUGCUCUCUAUUGUUGGUGGCCUCAUUUCUGACACUUUGCUCACCAGAUUCCACACAUGUCUCAUAUUUGGAAUGCUUGAGAUACUGGGAUUGAUAUUGAUGACAAUUCAAGCAAGGUUCGAGAGUUUACAAGCGGAGGCAUGUGGGAAGUCAAGCUGUGUAGAGGGGGGCAUAGCCCUACUAUUUUAUGUAUCACUUUGUGUGCUGGCACUGGGGACCGGUGGGGUUAGGGGUGCUCUACCAGCUUUGGGUGCUGACCAGUUUGAUCAAAAGGAUCCCACGGAAUCCAAAGCCCUUGGGAGCUACUUCAACUACAUGUUGCUAACCAGCACAACUGGGGCAGCUUUUGGAGUCACCCUUGUUGUUUGGGUCAGCACUAAUAAAGGUUGGUGGUUGGGUUUUCUCAUCUCUACAAUCGGAACCAUCUUUGGCUUCGUCUUCCUCGCUGCUGGUUGCCCUUUCUAUCGCCUUCAAUCGCCGGGCGAUUCCCCCAUCUUAAGAAUAAUUCAGGUUAUUGUUGUGUCCAUAAAAAAUCGAAAGUUGAAAUUACCAGAAAAUCCAAGCACUGAAUUGUAUGAAGUGAACGAUAAAGGAACAGUCUCUACAGAAACAAAAGUUGCUCACACUGACCAAUUCAGGUUCUUAGACAAGGCUGCAAUUCCUCCAAAAAACAGUGAGCCAACCCCAUGGACAGUUUGCACUGUGACACAAGUUGAAGAAGUCAAAGUCCUAACAAGAAUGUUACCUAUUAUAGGCAGCACCAUAAUAAUGAACACUUGCCUAGCCCAACUCCAAACCUUUUCAGUCCAACAAGGCUACAGAAUGAACCGUUUGCUGGGGUCCUUUGAGGUCCCCUCCUCAUCAGUUCCAGUAAUCCCUUUGAUCUUCAUGGUCAUCCUCAUCCCCCUAUACGACCGCGUUUUCGUCCCGUUCGCGGCAAAACUCACCGGCCGACCCUCGGGCGUCACACAGCUGCAACGUGUCGGGGUCGGCCUAGUCCUCUCGGCCGUGUCGAUGGCCGUGGCCGCGAUGGUGGAGGUCAAGAGGAAACAGCAUUCCCUUGGGAACCCAUUGAAGCCCAUCCAUGUGAUGUGGCUUGCAUUUCAGUAUGGGAUUUUUGGGGUUGCUGAUAUGUUCACACUUGUGGGGUUGCUAGAGUUUUAUUACAAGGAGGCCCCAGCUGGGAUGAGGUCAUUGUCCACUUCUUUCACUUGGAUCUCACUCUCUUUUGGCUACUUUUUGAGCAGUGCAUUUGUGGGUCUUAUCAAUGCCAUUACCAAAGCCCUAGCCCCUAGCAAGAAAGGCUGGCUAGAGGGCCAAGAUUUGGACAAGAACAAUUUGGCACUUUUCUACUGGUUCUUAGCCAUUCUCAGCUGUUUCAACUUUGCAAACUAUCUUUAUUGGGCAUUGUGGUACAAAUACAAAUCCCCAAACAACCCAAACCCUAAACCAUCAUCCGAUCCAGAUACUUUGCCAAAAUCACUCUCUCUAAGUAGGGUGCCAUUCCUCAAGGCCUCUGGUGAUGAUAAUCCAUCUCAAAAUAUGGUUAAAUCUCAAUCUCAAUCUACUCCCCAGUAAUGGGAAAAGUUGAAGAAAGCCCAAUCAGCUUCGUUGUGCCAAUAAAAGCCCAUGCUAUUUUGUGGGCCUAGUGUUAUAUGCUUAUUAUUAACAUUUUUUUUUGUUUUGCUUUUUUCUUGAGUUCUUCUGGGGUUUAUCAUGCCUUUAAUUUGUGUGUUUGAUCUGCAAUUUUUUGAGGGAAGAUUUAAUUUUGAUUAUGUGUAUUUAGAUGCAUGUCUACUAGUAUAAAAUACGAAACAGAUGUUUGUUUCAUUUAAGUUGUAUAAGGUCGUUACAUGUAAAAUAUUGAAGAAUGUUUUCUAAUGAUACUAAUUUCUUACAAAAAGGGUGAAUUAUAUUCCAUGGAUGAAUAAA